UUUGGCAACAGACGGUCCAGAGAGCGCAUUGUUUAAUUUGUGAGGACCAAGCGAUGAAUAUGAUUGUGAAUUGUAAUUGAUGUAAACACACAGAAAAUAUAAGAAAGAUUGAAAUAGAAAUAGUGCUAAACAAAUUUGAUCUAAAAUGCACACUCAUUUUUUUACAUUUUGCGUUGUUACUUUGUGUAUCUUGGUGCCAGUGCCACACGUUUCAUGCGACGAUCUGCCAGCAUGUCAACCUAAAGAUUUUCAUUAUGAAUACACAGAAUGUGACAGUAAUGGGGGAAGAUGGAGGGUAUCUGUACCAGAUCCUGACAAAUGCACAGGAGGAGCACCAAAUGCUCCUAUUAGAGGAAAAGAUUGCUCAUUUACAUGUAAGGAAGGAGAAUUUUUAGACAUUGCUAACGAUCAAGAAUGUCACACCUGUCCACCAGGAACUUACUCUCUUGGAGGUGGUGUUCGAUUUGAUGAUUGGGAAACAAUACCAACAGGAUUUACUGUUUCAACAGAAGGAUUUCAACAUCAUUUGCUAUGGAGGAACAAUGAUCCAGAAACUAAUUGUUCAAGGUCCACAUGGCAACCAAAAGGAAAUUAUAUAGCUGCAUUACCAGGAGCAUGUACAACAAGUCUAGUUUUCUCAACCAAAUUAGUGACUGCUGGCAUGGCCAUGUUUGAAUAUCAAUAUACUGAUCCUGAUACAAUAUUUCAUUUUCUGGUACAAAAUGAUCAAUGCCAAGCUGCUGGUGAUGAUGAAUCUAGUCAGUGGCCAAAGAUAACAGAUGAAGGACAGUGGCACAAACAAACUGUAAAAUUGAAAUCUGGUAUGAAUGUUUUACAAUGGAGAACUAUUGGUGUUAUGAGUGAUAUGGCAAAAUCUAAAACAGUUCCUAUUUUAAUCAGGAACAUUGAAAUAUCAGGUGUAGCAUUUACAUCUGAAUGUACACGAUGUAGAAAUGGUACCUAUAGUAGUGGUGGAACCAACUUCUGUACUUUGUGUCCUGAAAAUACGUACUCAAGUAGAGGAGAGGGACAAUGUCAUAGUUGUGAUACAACUAAAGAAUAUUCAUUACCAGGAUCCAGUCAAUGUUUAAAGAAACCAGCAUGUGUGGAAUCAGAUUACUUUGAACACCAGUCACCUUGUACCAAUAAAAAGACAAUGAAAUCAUACAGUUGGGUUAAACCUCAGAUUUGUAAUCCUCAAGAUCCUAACUCGGUUACAAUACCAGCAGAUGGUAAACCAGAAGAUUGUCCACCAUGUAAUCCUGGUAUGCAUCUAGUUAAUGGUUCACACUGUGAGUUUUGUUCUGCUGAUACGCACUCUGAUGGUAAAGAAGAAUGCAGUCAAUGUCCUGUAUCAACAUCUCCAUUAUAUAGUAUAGAUUAUAGAUGGUGGAACACUAUGCCUCCUAAUGUAACAUCAUCUUGUCUAUCUAUGACAGCUACUCAAUGUUCUAAACAAGUUGGCUGGUUGACUGCUGGAGAUCAUAUUAGAACUAACUUUGGUCGCGAUAAAGAGAUAUUUAUUAUAUUAACCAUGCAAAUAUCUGGUUUAAGAGGCCAUCCUGGUAGUGUUGAUGGCAAAGCUACAGUACUUGGUAAAAUCUCCUUCAUGUUUGAUAUUGAAUGUGUUGGAGAUUGUGAACUUGUUUUUCUUUCUAAUGAGUCCGGAAGAAAUACUAUUGUUAAAAGCUGGCAAGGUUCAACAAUUAAAACUCCUUUUGUAUAUGAACUGCGACAUAACUAUUCCCAGACAUUCACCUGGGCUUUUCAACCUGUUGAUUGGGAUUUUGUAGAAGAGGAUAAAACAAAAGAUUAUUUAAAUAAUGUGGCUAGAAUAUAUUCAAUAGAUGUUACUAAUACACUAUCAGGUGGAGCUACUGCAUGUAAAGCAUGUCCUAGAGGUUUACAAAAGGAUGGGUGUAUUCCAUGUCCUGAUGGACAUUAUAUAGAUCCUAUAUCUACAACAUGUACACCCUGUCCACAUGGUACUGUUAUGUCCAGUAGUGAUCCCUGGGGAAUUAAAGCCUGCCACAAAUGUGGUGAUGGAAUGAAAGCUGUUAAUGGACAUCACUGUGAAUCUGAUUGUAAGAUAGUUGAUAAUCAGGGCAAAUCUUACGACUUAUCAGCACUAGAUCGUCUACAGUUUGUAACUGGUACAAGAUUAUUUACAUCUAGUGGUACAACCUAUUACCAUGGUUUUAAUAUUAGUCUAUGUGGUCAUAAUACUAAUACAUUACCAACCUGUGUUAAUAAUGUUACUGCACAAGAUGAAGAUGGUGAAAAAGCGACGAAAUCUGAGGAAUUUGAAGUUAUGACUCAGCAGACUAUGUUGAACAUUCCAAGUAAAGUAUCAGGAAUGAUCUGUAGAUCUACUUUGGUUCCAGAGAAAGAUUCUGUUCAAAAUUCUGUUGUAUCAACCCAGCCAGUCAGUAUUGGUGAUCAUCUUGUAAAAAUAAUAAAUAAUGCUAGUUUAAAGAAACAGUAUGAAGAAGAAGGCUUCAGUGUUGAUAAGAUGCAGAAUGAUAUUCACUUCUAUUAUAGAGCUGAAAGUGCUACAGCUGCCUGUCCUGAUGGUCGUCAGACUAUUAUUAGUGUAAGAUGUGAGGUAGAUAAGAAACAGCAAGGUCAAAUAGAGUUACCACCUAAAUGUUCAGAUGGAACAUGUGAUGGCUGUAAUUUCCAUUUCUUAUGGCACACUCAGCAUGCUUGUCCAUUAUGUCGUGAUGAAGAUUAUGAGAUUGUUAAUGGUGAAUGUAUUAAUGGAGAACAGACGAUUCAUUAUUAUCCUCCUAAAGAUUGUUUGUUACCAAGUGUUACAAAACCAAAGAAGAUGAAACAAAAAUGCACAACCAUCCCAUUAGUGAUUCAAAUAUCUAUACCAGCAGCAAUAGGUGUUGGUUUAUUACUGAUGAUUUUACUUGUCUACUGCUGGAAGAGAAACAAGAAGUUAGAAUAUCGUUACAUGAAACUUGUAGAGACUGCAGGUGGAAGAGAAGGCGAAUUACCAGCUGCUGAAUCAUGUGGUUUAGAUGAUGAAGAUGAUGAUGAAGCCGUUCAUUUCUCGGAAAGCAAGGGUGUGAAACUCUUCCAAAAACUAAGAAUUAAAAUGGGAGGUGGUAGUAGUAAGAGUGAAGAAGAUGCUAUGUUUUCUGUAAGUAACUGGUAAAGAAUAUUUUACGUUUCUAGGACGAUGACAACCCCUUUGUAGCUGUCAGAGUGCAUGAAAAAGUGCCUUUAACUUAAAGGAAUAAAAGCAAAUCAACAGAAGAUGAUAAUGAUCAAGAUUUUUCAAUGGACAAGAAACAACUAAAUCAUAAUAUUAAAAUGUUGUAAGCUUAUAAUGUGUUCUCUAGUCAAGUUUAUUUAGAAGUAACUGUAGUAGCCUAUAUUGUUUAUCAUUAUAUUGCUUUACAGAGACCAUGGCAGUGAUAAUAUAUUUAAUAGAAUUGUCAGUUCACUUGUUUAACAUUCCAUUGUUCAUUUCCAAUGUAUACUUUAUAGAACAAGGCUCCCCAAACUAGGGUAAAUUUGCUUAAUUUUGGAUUUGUACAUAUUAUUUAUUCCAAUUAUAAUAUCAAAAAGUCUGAGACUUCAGAAAAAUAUAAAUGAAAUAACAUUAUAAUGUGUUAUUGUUGUUGUUAUUUGAACAUAUGUUAAAAACAAUAUUUUAAUAUUUCCCUUAGUCAGUUGCUUUAUUAUGAUAGAAGUGUAAACUCGUAUAGGGUGAAAAAAGGGUGGAGGAAAAUUUACUUUUGAAAGUUGUAAGCGGUUAACACUAAUAACAGAACCACAAACAUUGGGCACCCCUGUUCAAGAACAUUCUAACCAAUCAUGGGUUCUUGUUCAUUUCCAAUGACAAAGUCUUUUUGUUUAUGAAGAAAAAGGUUGGGCGUCCCUGCUCAAGAACAUUUGAACCUAUUGUAGGUUCUUGUUCAUUUCCAAUGUGUUUUUUGUUUAUUUUUAUAUACUCAUGCUUCAUAUUGAGAUCUAUAAAGAUAGUCUUGUAUUUGUACAUAUGCUGAUAUGUUGUAUACUGUUAAAAAUGGUUCCUUAUUCAGUGUGCAAAUGUUUUAAUUUGAUUCACAAAUUAUCUGUUUAAUAAUAUUUCUACAAUAAAAAAUAGGAACACAUUUUACUCAAGCAAAUCUCUCCCAGGUAAAUCUUAUGCUACCAGUGUAUUAAUGUUGCCCCCACUUUACAGGGGAAGUAAUAUAAUAUAAAGUUACUUUGGGAAUUUUAGUUCAUUGUUUAAUUUGUAUGGCACAAAGCAUUAUGUCUGUAUAUCUCAUAUUUAUGAAAUUAUUAUGUUAAAUAUAACUAAAUAUACAAGUUGCAUCAGUUUCAAAAUGCAUUUCUGACCUAUUAAUUAUUAAUAAAAUAUUUAGAAGAAAAUCGGCAGUAUCAUCAACUGUAAUCAGUGACAGUCUUAAUUAGAUGGUAAUUAAGUAGCUAUUAUUGUUAAAAUUAAAAGAGUAAUUUCAAGAAACAUCUAUUUUCAGGCCUUGUUCUCCUAUUAAAUACACAAGUCAUAAAUUUAUAGUUUUGCAGGGGUAUGUGAGUCACUCGGCAAACCUCGGCAGAUCCCAGAACCCUACAUCUAACCUCGGCUGUAUGAUAGUAAUUGAUAUGUACCUACGCCCAUACAUUUGCGAUGCGGCUACCGGUUUACUUUAACAGGAAAACGUGCCGCUUUUACAAAAAAGUCCCAAAAUAGCGUCGAGUGUAUAUAACUAAACGAGCAGAGAUAUUGUCUUAAGGCUGCUGGUUUGAUAUAAUUCCCUGGUAAUUCCCCAAACCCAAUGCCAAACUUGACGUUUGUUGAUAUAAUACACUCUCCACAGAAAUCUCCAUGGGCGCAGCCAUUUUUCAUCCGGGACCUUUAAAAUAGUUCCAAUAUGGCGGAAUUCGUCAUACAGCCGAGAUUAGAUGCGUAGAAUCUGUCGAGGUUUGCCGAAUGGUAUGUGAGUGUCUGAGUGGUCUUUAAAUUAUGAUCACAUGUUCAGUCAUUGAUUUCCAGACUUGACAACGCAUUGUGUUGCUAGCCUAAACAUAGGUUUUGUUUAGGUUCUUUAUCUAUACUCUGUUACACCUCAUUUCUAUAUCUGUAGUUUGGCAGUAAUUUCAACAGAAAACCAACAAAAUUUCUUGAUUUAUUUAUCUAGAAUGUAAAUAAAAUCCUUUCAACUUUUAUAAUAUAAAAAUCAGUAUUUAUUGAUUGCUAUGAUAAAGAGUAUUGGUGUAAAGCUGUAUUUAUUAUGUCACAUGUCAGUUCGAUAUAAUAUCUGUAAUAAUUGUGUCUAAUAUCAUUUUAAAGUAUGUGCAUAAUUUUUACAAAUUUUUAUAGAAAUCCAUGAAUUAUAAAAGAUACUCAAAUUUGAGCUCAGUAUAUUUUUGUUUCUAUAUGGACAAGAUAAUUGAAAGGACUUAAGUAAAUUAGAGAUAUGUGUUCUUUGUUUUGUACUUGGGGUAAGGACAAAAAUGGUUAGAUUUCAUAAUCACUAAGUAUUUUUGAUUCCAUCAUGUCAUUUUAUACCUCUAAGCUUCUACAUUCUAUAAACAACAUAGCCUAACCUUUUUUCAGUGCAGGCACAAUGUUAGUGUUCUAUUGCCACUUGGUACAGAAAGUGGGACCUUAAACUCAAUUUCAAGUAUUCAUUCUUUUGUUCAGCUAUUAUUUAUAUCAAAAUGUCUAUAGAUUUAUAUAUGUACAGGAUCUCUAGUAUUUAAUAUUGUGUGUGUCUGCUCUGUUUAACACCUCAAUAAAUACAUGUUCUAUUGAUUUACGUUUUUCGCCAGUUUAUAUGUUGUAUAGAAUUUCUUUAUUUCAGGUAUUUAUAUUAUUUAACAUGUCUGCCAUUUAUUUAUUUGUUUUAUAUUUCCAGGAAGUCCAAUGUCUUUGAACACACCCAUGAUUUUGUUGGAAAUAACUUGAAACAUUCCUAAUUAAACUGGAGUAGGAUUCAAAAUUAUUACCAGUGUUUAUUUAUUUUUUUAACCAAUCAAAUAAAUUCCAUAUUGUUUUUUGCAAACUCUCAGAUGAUAACUGUCGACAUGGUGUUGUGUUGUAUAUCUCUGCUUUGGAACUUUUUUUUUCCUGGAAGUUGAAUCAUUUGUAGUUGUGAUUUUGAUCUGUGAAUUUUUUUUUUAUUGAAUAAUAUUUAUACUUUUGUGUUACAUGCAUUCAUUUUUAACAAAGAAAAUGCAUUCCAGUUGUGUUGAACAUAAUUUAAUAUAUUUACACAUGACUAUAUUGUAUUUCCCUGUAACCUCUGAGCACUUAAAUCUGUGGAUAAACUGAAUUACAGCUCAUUGACCGUAUAGAGAACAUAAUUAAUCAUCAACAUUUAUUCAUAUACCACUUUCAUUGUGUCAUGUCUUUCACAUACUAUCAUUCUUCAAACUCCUGAGCUCUCACAAUUUUUGUCAUACAUUUGAAUUCUAUUGAAUGGUUAGUCUGUGCUUGCAAAUGUUACAAUGUAUGCAUAGUAAAACAACGUGCUAUUAAUAUAAUUUAUUAAUGGUAGAUCAUCUUUCUACUGAAAAUAUUUUAAUUUCAACCAUUAAAACAAAUUCCAUUCAGUUUAACAGAGUUAAAUAAUAGUUUUUUUCAAAUUUUUGGAAAUUGUAUUUUAUGUGGCAUAAUGUCAGAAUAACUAUCACAGAAUACAGUGCUUAACAACAAAAAUCUGACCAAGGUGCAUUAGUUUUAUGUGAUAUAAUACCCAUGAAUCUAAUCUUGUCAUUCAUUUAAAAAUAAAAUAUAUGUAUUAAAUAUUGUUGUACAUGAUCAAUCUGAUGGCCAUAUUGUUAUUGAAUUGUUGAUUUUACUGUAUAUUGUUCAGUGGUGAGGUUUAUAUAAUCCAUGACAUUGUGAAUUCCAGUAUUUCUUUACUCUGUGUUUUAUUUUGUCAGUUGAAAAUAAAGUUCUCUUAUUAUG